UAUUUUUUUUUAGAUCAUCCCUCAAUUGGAGAAACUAUCAUUAACAAGAGAUGACAUUGCAAUGAUAUGUGAGCAUGAGUCUAAACAAGACAUCCUUUUCAAUGGCAAAGUUCUUCAAAUUCAGGACUACCUUGAUGAUGAAUUAGAUGUUUUGCCCGUUGGAUUCCUAAAAAGGCAUAUAUGGAGCCAUGACUCACUGAGUGUCCUUCAAAAUCUUGAAACUCUUGAUAUAUUCAAAUGUGAUAGUUUGAUUAUAUUAUCAACUUCAAUUUCAUCUUUCCAGAAUCUCACCACUUUGAACGUAACAAGUUGCAAAGGGAUGAUGAAUCUGGUUUCAGUCUCAACAGCACAAAGUUUGGUGCAGCUAGAAAGUAUAACUGUUGAGAGCUGCCACAUGUUGACUAAAAUAGUUGGAAGUGAAGGAGAUGGAAUGCAAGAUUAUAUCAUGAUCACUUUUGCUAAACUAAAGUUUUUGACACUUCAGCGGUUGCCAAGACUAGAAAGCUUUUGUUCAGAAAAUUUCACCUUCAAAUUCCCAUGUUUAAAACUGGUAACUGUAAAGCAAUGCCCCAAGUUGAAGAUCUUCAGUGAGGGAGAGCUAGAUACACCAUUGCUAUGGGGAGUACUAAUUAAAGGAGAGGACAGGUACCGUUCGGAAGAUGACCUUAAUACUACCAUACAAAGAACGUACAUGGAAGAGGUUGGAUUUGCUGGGUUACAACUUUUGAUGCUAUCAGAUUUUCCUAAGUUCAUGGAAACAUGGUAUAUCAAGAAUCCUCAAGGACUCUUAGAUUUCAGACCGCUUCAGGUGCUGGAAAUUUGUAAUUGUAGCAAAUUCAAGUACCUCUUAACCCAUUCCAUGGCCAUGGGCCUAGUGCAACUCUUGCAGUUAAUAGUAAAAAACUGUGGGACAAUGGAACAAGUGAUAAUGGGAGAAGGAGCAGAAAAUAAAAUGGAAUUCUCACAUCUUUCUUUGAUCAAUCUAGAGUCUUGUUUGGAUUUGACAAGUUUCUAUGUGGGAAGUCAAUAGUCUUGAGCUUCCAAGCUUAAAUGAUUUUAUUGUAAAGGACUGCCCAAAGAUGGUCACAUGUGCUGCUUCUACAUCCUUAGAAGAGCACGACAAAGAGGAAUCUCAAUACCUCUUUAGCAGUAAGGUUAGUUUCUUUUUUUUUUCUUUUCCAUUUUUCUUUGUUUUUACAGCAACAUGGUUAGUUUUAUAUAUUUAUUUAUUGUAAUUAAGAUUUUACAGUAUA